AUGUCGUUGCACCUUGUUGAUGCCGCCACACAGAUGGACAUGCACUCUUUCACAAUUUCUCAGAUACUCAUAGAUGCUGCAGUGUCGACAGAGGACCUAGGAGGAGAAGAUCUUGGAGUUAGUGAGGUUACUACAGGUCUCCAAGUUGACGAUGGAUGGAAGGUUCUCGAUGGAAUUCCUUGCAUUAUGGGUGGAUUAACAGCGCUUGUCGCAUCUGUUGGCGGCACCCUGCGUGGACGUGCCCCAAACAACUUUCCCUGGAGAACCCUACCUAAGGAACUAGCUCGGCUUGGAUAUUUCCUCGUAGACUACCCCAACGAAACUUUGAUGCCCGGCGAGAUUCGACCUUCGCUCACUCGGUCCAAAGGUAUCCAUGAUUUGACAAUCCCUCACUGUGACAAUCUCGUCAAUGCCCUCAAGUCAGGCACCCUUACCAUCCAAGCCGUCACAAGUGACGCUGCUCGCACACGCCUCGUCAUGUUGAAAGAUCCUAUCAUCAUUGGGGAGGCACCCACACAUCGCUCAAUCCACUCCCACAGGCAACGUGCAUUUGCUAACGGUGGCUUUGACUGA